AUGCAAAGAUAUGUUGAUUCGAAACAAAAUUGGUUUUAUUUUUGCGAUGAAUUACUUCAUAGAUCAUAUAUUGACGCAUUAAACCGAGAAAAUAGACAUCUUACAGCAAGCUAUAACUGGAAUUAUUUCAUGACACAGUUGAAAUUACAAAAAAUUUAUGAUGAACAUGAUUUGUAUGUUUACAAAGCUGAAAUGAAAGACAAAUGGCUUGAUUUCUCAUCAAGAAUUCUUUAUAAUUCAUUAAUUUCUGAUUUGGAAUUAGCUUAUGAAAAAUAUUCUUCUUCUUUACGCAUUUUUGAUCUUAUUGAUAAGAUUUUGCAUAAAUUAGUAAUAAAUAGUCUAAAAGAAAGUAAACAAAAGCUAGAUUCGCUUAGAUCUCAGAAAUUUCUUCUUAAAAAAUUCAGAAUUUGGAAUUUCAAUGCAAAAGCGAACAAGCUUUAUAGCAACAUCACCAGGCAGACUUUUGAAUCAUUCGUUGCUGUUCACAUGGAAAAAUCUGCUGUUUCUAGUGCAAAAACGAUUCAAAAAGCUUUCAGAAUGUUUAGCCAAAAGAAAAAUGAUGAAUACGAACACAUCAGAAAAUUCUUUUAUUCCUGGGUGGUCUACCGUAAAACCUCUCAAAUUUUGAAAAUUGAAAUUCCUUCACUUGAAUUUGACUUGAAAACAGAUUUUUCUGACUUACUUGAUUUCAGAAUGCCACAAUUUAUGCCCAAUAUCUCGAUGGAUUCUGUAAACGACGUUGUUUCUUACAGAAAUUUGCAAUCAGCGAAGCAAUACCUUCAAUUAAUGCCAUUUGAGUAUCUCAGUAUUACAGAUCCUGAAGCCAAAUUCAUGCCAAUAUUCUUCGAUGUCCCAAGAGAAUGUUACGACAAAUUAACUUCUGCAAUUCCAGUCGAAGUUGGUCUGAUUUACUCCAAGACUAUUCAGGCAUUUGAUAUUACUAUGCAAACGAAAUUUUCGCAGAUAAAUGAACCUGAAAUUUCGGAAUCUUCUGAUUUAAUGGAUGGUUUCUUUCAAGCCAUUUCUCAUUCUGAAUUUGGAGAAACUGAAGCACAUGAAUCUGAAAGCUCAAUCUUAAUUCCGAGAGAGUUUCCGGCACCUGAAUCUGAAAGUUUAUUCCAAUUUUCGCCAAUUAACACUGAUAUCAUCUUUGAGAGUGAAUCUCCUAUUUUGGAUAUCAAAGAUGUCAGUUCUUUCAAAGUUCCAAGUAAAUUUGAAUUUGAUACAAAGCAGAUUUCAAAGGAUUUGGAUAAUCUUAUUCCGGAUUGUAUUAAUAAGGUUAUUGAAGAUGCUGUAAGUUCAUUUUAUAUUCCUUUCAAUGAAAAUUUCGAAGAAGAAGAUCAGAAUUCUAUUGAUUCUGAAAAUUCUGGAUUCAAUCUCGAAGAAGAAACUCAAAACCAGGUACAAAACGAUUCUGUUGAUAAAGAUAAUAUCUUGACUCCAAAUAAUUCUGAUAAAAACCAAGAUUCAACCGAUAAUGAAAAUCAAAAUCAAAAUUUGUUGGAUUUGAACUCAAUUUCAGAAAGUUUGUCGAGCAAAGGUGAUGAUACAAGUAAAGAAACAACUGAUUUGGAAGAAAAUCAAAAGGAAUCUAAAUCAUAUGAAAAUAAUAUUCAAAAAGAAGUCAAAACUCGAGAACUGUCCAUUACCCCUACAUCAAGCAGUGAAAAUAUGCCUGAAAAUCAAGGAUUAAGCCAUAGAGAUUUCACAAUUGACAUUACUUUGGAUGAACCACAAACUAAGACUGAAGUUUUGGCCGAACUAAGUGAGGAAGAAUCCGACGAUUCACCAUUUGCUUUUGAAGACAUUAAAUCUCCAAAUAAUUCUUCGAUUCCUACAAUUGAGCUCGAAAAGAAGGCAGAAAAUAAGUUUACAGAGAUUCCUUUGAUAUUUUCCGCAGCAGAUAUGGCCCCAUUCAGGCCGAAUUUAGAACCAAUUGAAUUGCCAACUUUAGAAGAAACAAAAACAGACAGUAAUGACAAAUUCAUGUUUACUAUUGAUGAAAGUAUUACAGCAGCUAAUUCAGAGAUAGAUGAACUUGAUAUGUCCUUAACUGCAACAUUAUUUGCAUUAAUUAAUGAAGCAAUCAACUCUCCUAUGACCAAUUUAACAUUCCAAGCAAUUACUAAAAGCAUGGAAGAGGUAUUGGCCAACUUUGAUUUAUCUCCAUUAACUUCUGAUUCAUUGAAGAAACCAGAAUCUUCUGAUUCUUCAACACAAAGCAUUGAGGUUGUUCCCCAAUCUCCCCUUCCUUCUCCGAAAGUUGAUUUCACAACUCCAAAAGCUGAUUCUCCAAAAUUAGAAAUAUCUCAACCGAAAUCAAGAUCAAUUACACUGAAUAACGAACUUGAUUCACCUAAAAAUGAAUUGGAAUCUCCUAAAUCAGAAGAAAACAUGGUUGAAAAGGAAGAUGAGACAAAAUUGAGUCUGGAAAUAAACAGUGUAAACUUUUUAGAUAU